GAAAAACAUGUACGCUUCCGGUUCAAAGUAGAGCGUGAUGCUGCUGCCGCAUUAUCACUUUGAACCGUGAAUCAUUGAAAGUCCAUACGUUGAAGAGUAAGUGUAAUCUAGAUAAUGGCUGAAAAGACUGAUCUCCCUGUCAUCCUGGGUCAUAAUUUAUGGGGAACCUUAACACCUCAUUUUGGGUCGGACCUGCAUCAUCAUGAUGUGGCUGAUGGGCCAGACAGAAUAUAUAUGGAUUACAACGCUACCACACCAGUCGAUCCAGAGGUGGUCAGGGUUGUUACUGAUGCUUUAACUGAAGCCUGGGGAAAUCCCAGCAGUAAUUACCUACCAGGUCUGAAAGCCAGAGACAUCAUUUACCAUUCCAGAGACACUAUUGCCAGGAUGGUUGGUGGAAAAGCAGCAGACAUUAUUUUUACUUCAGGAGGAACUGAGGCCAAUAAUCUGGUGUUUCACACAGCUGUGGAGCACUUCAGAAAGAGCAAGAAUUCUGCAGAGGGAGGCACAAACAGCAAGCAGCUAAAUGGAAGCGGCUCCCUGCCCCAUAUUAUCAUCUCCAAUGUAGAGCAUGACUCCAUCAAACUCACAGCUAAACACUUGUUAAAAGAGGGCAAAGCAGAUGUCACAUUUGUGCCCGUUUCCAAGGUUACGGCACGGGUGGAGGUUGAGGAUGUCAUUGCAGCGAUUCGUCCCACCACCUCCUUGGUGUCGAUCAUGCUGGCCAAUAAUGAGACGGGCAUCAUUAUGCCAAUUAAGAAUAUUUGUCAGAGGGUGAGGGAAGUAAACAAACAGAGGGCAGCAUCGGCUCCCAAAAUCCUCCUGCACACCGAUGCAGCACAGGCUAUUGGAAAGAUACGAGUGGAUGCACAUGAGCUGGGAGUAGACUAUAUUACCAUUGUAGGACACAAGUUUUAUGGCCCUAGAAUUGGCGCUUUGUUUGUGAAUGAUCCUGGAACCACAACCCCGGUUUACCCUCUGUUUUUUGGAGGAGGACAAGAGUGCAACUUCAGACCAGGAACUGAGAAUACAGCAAUGAUAGCCGGUCUGGGAAAGGCUGCAGAAUUGGUAAGUUCAAAUCUAGCAGAGUAUGAAGCCCAUUUCCUGGACAUCCGAUGUUAUCUGGAGCAGAAGCUGCUUGUAAGUCCUGUUUCUGCCUUAUAG